AUCCGUAUCUGGGAACAGGUGAGAGAGGAUGUGUGCUGGGCCUUGGAGGAAGGGGGCCGAGACCGGGCCUUACUUCUGUAACGAUACUGUGAGGCAUCGGAAGGCCAGCCUGUUGUGUCCGUUUUGAAGGAUGCCCCUGUCCCGCUGGUUGAGAUCUGUGGGGGUCUUCCUGCUGCCAGCCCCCUACUGGGCACCCCGGGAGAGGUGGCUGGGUUCCCUACGGCGGCCCUCCCUGGUGCACGGGUACCCAGUCCUGGCCUGGCACAGUGCCCGCUGCUGGUGCCAAGCGUGGACAGAGGAACCUCGAGCCCUUUGCUCCUCCCUCAGAAUGAACGGAGACCAGAAUUCAGAUGUUUAUGCCCAAGAAAAGCAGGAUUUCGUUCAGCACUUCUCCCAGAUCGUUAGGGUGCUGACUGAGGAUGAGAUGGGGCACCCAGAGAUAGGAGAUGCUAUUGCCCGGCUCAAGGAGGUCCUGGAGUACAAUGCCAUUGGAGGCAAGUAUAACCGGGGUUUGACGGUGGUAGUAGCAUUCCGGGAGCUGGUGGAGCCAAGGAAACAGGAUGCUGAUAGUCUCCAGCGGGCCUGGACUGUGGGCUGGUGUGUGGAACUGGUGAGAGGGGUAGGGCAAGGGAGAAGAAGUUUCCUGCAAUGGUGGUGACUUGGGUGGGAAGGGGAGGGAUGGGCCUGAAACUUAUUUCUGGGUUGUGUUUGUGUUUCUUUGUCUCUAGUGUGCUACGGCCAAAUUUAGAGUGAAUCACUCCAAGGGUUAACUAAUGUGGGGAGCCUCUUUUGGCAUUAGGUAUGAAGAUGGCUGUAGAUAGUUGUAGACAGUGUGGACUGGGGCCUCGAGACUGGGCAGAGAGGUGUCAGCUCUUUCCUCUGAGCAGAGGAUGGCUAUAAAAGUGACAGAGGAGGCUGGGCGUGGUGGCUGACACCUGCAAUCCCAGCACUUUGGGAGGCCAAGGGGGGAGGAUCACCUGAGUUCCGGAGUUCGAGACCAGCCUGACCAACAUGGAGAAACCCCAUCUCUACUCAAAAUACAAAGUUAGCUGGAUGUGGUGGCGCAUGCCUGUAAUCCCAGCUACUCGGGAGGCUGAGGCAGGAGAAUCGCUUGAACCUGGGAGGCAGAGGUUGCGAUGAGCUGAGAUUGCACCAUUGCACUCCAGCCUGGGCAACAACAGCGAAACUCCAUCUCAAAAAAAAAAAAAAAAAAAAAAAAAAAAAGGUGACAGAGGUCUUCCAAAGGCUAUUCAGAAGCAGAGAUUGAAAACUGGCAGCUCACUGAUAGUAUUUUGAAAAUGUUUUACAAUUAAGUCUCCUAAAUUUAACAAAGAGAUUUCACACUAAAACCUAGAUUUCUAGCAUGGCUUGGGAAAUUGUAAGAUUUGGGUCCAUGUUCCCGCAUAGCAACAAUUGGCUGAAGCUGAGUGGAUGCAACUUCUGCAAGACGGCAUGUGUUCUCCUGUGUGCUUUCUCUAGUUUGCUCCAAUCCCCACAUCCCCUUGUCUUCUAUACCAGUUCGUCUUGGUCUUGAAGGUGUCUAGUUUGCUGGCAUGGCCUAAAGCUUUCAUUAGUGGCAGGGGGACUGGGUUCUGGGAGGGGUGCCAUGCCCGAGGAGGGUGGCAGUGAGCCCAAAAGGGAAGAGCAUUCUGAACUUGGUGAGUGACGAUGAUGCUGAGUUCCUGGCCUGAGAGGAGCAGCUGGCUCAAGGGAAGACGUGCUGAGCACAGUCAGCCCGGCUGCAAGCUUUCUUCCUGGUGGCAGAUGACAUCAUGGAUUCAUCCCUUACCCGCCGGGGACAGAUCUGCUGGUAUCAGAAGCCAGGCGUGGGUUUGGAUGCCAUCAAUGAUGCUAACCUCCUGGAAGCAUGUAUCUACCGCCUGCUGAAGCUCUAUUGCCGGGAGCAGCCCUAUUACCUGAACCUGAUCGAGCUCUUCCUGCAGAGUUCCUAUCAGACUGAGAUUGGGCAGACCCUGGACCUCCUCACAGCCCCCCAGGGCAAUGUGGAUCUUGUCAGAUUCACUGAAAAGAGGUACAAAUCUAUUGUCAAGUACAAGACAGCUUUCUACUCCUUCUACCUUCCUAUAGCUGCAGCCAUGUACAUGGCAGGAAUUGAUGGCGAGAAGGAGCACGCCAAUGCCAAGAAGAUCCUGCUGGAGAUGGGGGAGUUCUUUCAGAUUCAGGAUGAUUACCUUGACCUCUUUGGGGACCCCAGUGUGACCGGCAAAAUUGGCACUGACAUCCAGGACAACAAAUGCAGCUGGCUGGUGGUUCAGUGUCUGCAACGGGCCACUCCAGAACAGUACCAGAUCCUGAAGGAAAAUUAUGGGCAGAAGGAGGCUGAGAAAGUGGCCCGGGUGAAGGCGCUAUAUGAGGAGCUGGAUCUGCCGGCAGUGUUCUUGCAAUAUGAGGAAGACAGUUACAGCCACAUUAUGGCUCUCAUUGAACAGUACGCAGCACCCCUGCCCCCAGCCGUCUUUCUGGGGCUUGCGCGCAAAAUCUACAAGCGGAGAAAGUGACCUAGAGAUUGCAAGGGCGGGGAGAGGAGGCUCUCAAUAAAUAAUCGUGUAACCUU